UGCUGUAAGGCUUUGCGUAACCCCUGAAGCGCGACUGACUUCAGUGCAUUUGGAUUGCAACUCGUUCCGUCAUUAUCGUCCAUUGCCAGAUGAUCCCAAAGUCUCCAUCCAGCACCGUCUUCGGCCUUCAGUGGCCACUCCAACCAAGUCUCCUACAACACACUUUCCAACUCCAUCUUCAACGCUACCACUUUCGGUGACGAAGUUGAAAAGCUAAACUGGUCGGGCUCUGCUCUCCGUCUCACGAAAUCACUGCUUAUCGAUCAAGAAGCUGACACUUUCUCCCAUCUGCCCAUUCCCCCAAAACAGCCAGCAGCGAAAUCGCUUCUUGUUCAGUUCUCUCGGUUCUUCAAAGCUGGCACAACCAGACGGGCUAUUUUUGCGUUAGUUCUCUAAAGUCGGACGUUCACAUUCAAGCGGUCGGUUUGCACACAAUGGCAUUUCCCGAUGGUGGCUUGGAUUAUGGGGAAAUCGCAGAGGCAACUCCCCUGCCUCACUCUAAGUUGAACGGUGAUAUUGACCGGACCGGCAGACCAAGAGCCAGACUCGAGCGCACUCCCGAACCCUCCAAGCUCCCUGACCAUCGUCAGUCACCAAGAGUCGCCUCCUUCAGUCGUCACAGCAGGUCGCCACGCUCUCCUCCUCCUCCCCGUUCGCCCAGGGGCUUCAAGCGUCCGCGCGAUGAUGAUCGCCAUGACCGAGACCGAGACCGGGACCGGGACCGCCGCGAUCCCCGACAAUUCCGCGUUCACCACGACGAUGAUAGGGGUAGUAGCCGGUACCGCGACCUAGACCGUCCGCCCUCGCGCGGCUCGACAACUUAUAAUGACGACUGGUCAUCUUCGGCCCGUAGCCGGUACGCCUCAGCCAGGGACGCCCCUCCUCCCUCUCGUCCGGCCGCCGACCGUGUAGAUGACCGUGGCCGUGGCCGCGAGCCACUAGACUACGACCGCGAGCGCGACUACGACUCAUACUCCACCAAGAGGCCUCGCAAUAACCGAAACAGAGGACGGCGUGAUAAUAGGGGCCGCGUCGUUACCUUUCAACCAGAAGGAACCUACCAAGAUGGCAAGGAUGACAGGCGUGGACAAGAAAUGUCUAAAGGAAAUGCUCACACGGCGGCUUCUUAUUCUACCAAGGAAAAUGCUAAAUCUGGUCAGGGUGUCCCGGUUGAACGAGGCGUCAAGGAACUUGCUAUCUCACAGGACGGUCAACAUCAACAGGAGGCAUCUAAAGAGCCCGAACCCGACAUGGACUGGGACCCGUCUGAGGCAAUGGACGAGGAAGCCCGUGUCCAAGCCGAGAUCGAGCGACGGAGACGCGCUAGACAGGCUGCUCUUCAGCGUGGUCUGGGUGCGGCAAGCCCCAGUGUCCAGUCAUUACAAGGUGAUAAGCCAUCGCCCACCCCCUCGUCGAGCCGCUUCAAUACUCCAGCUCCCCAGAAGACAGAGCCCAGCAGUCCCAAGUCGACAAAUGCUACCACGUCGCCUAUCCAGUCACCCGCCCAGGUGCCAGACGCCAUGUCCCCUUCUUCAUUCAACUUCUUCCUGGCUGAGCAAGAUCUUGCGAGAGCCAACGGAAACGAUAAAGUGGAAGUUGAUGGCCCCUCUGCCGCUGAUUAUGAUCCUACCGCUGAUAUGAAGGAAGACGAGCGUCGUGACGAGCUGCGCCACGGACAUGUUGGUUUGCAUGGAGAAGCUAAACAUCCUGCUCUGGCAGAUGCUGCCAAAGAGCAAAAUGAUGAGAAGCAGCCUGAGAAGGGCGGAGACGACGACGACGAGUUUGAUAUGUUCGCAGACGAUUUCGACGAAGAGAAGCUUCUGGCUCCUGCAGUUUCGAAGAAAGCUGGAAACGAUGGCCAGGCUAAUGGCGGCGGCGGUAAGCUUGAAGGUGACGACAAAGACGGUUACUACAAGAUUAGGCCCGGCGAGCUGUUGGACGGACGAUACCAGCUGUCGACGGCUCUCGGUCGUGGUAUGUUCUCGGGAGUCGCCCGCGCUUUGGACCUCACGACGCAGCAGACUGUCGCCAUCAAGAUCAUGCGUAACAACGACGCUUUGCGGAAGGGCGGUUUUACCGAAAUUGCCAUUCUACAGAAGCUGAAUGAAGCUGAUCCUGAGGACAAGAAGCAUAUCGUCAGGUUUGAGCGAUCCUUCGAGUACAAGAGCCAUCUGUGCAUGGUAUUUGAAAAUCUAAGCAUGAACCUCCGCGAGGUGCUAAAGAAGUUCGGAAACAACGUUGGCAUCAACUUGCGUGCCACACGCGUCUACGCUUACCAGAUCUUCCUUGCCCUUGCGCAUAUGCGCAACUGCAGCAUCAUUCAUGCUGAUUUGAAGCCUGACAAUAUCCUGGUAAAUGAGGCACGCAAUCUCUUGAAGAUCUGUGACUUGGGUACGGCGAUCGACCGGUCUGACGCGGCCACGGCUUCGACGGAGGUGACACCGUAUCUCGUCAGUCGAUUCUACCGCGCGCCAGAGGUCAUCCUAGGCAUACCAUAUGACUACUCGGUAGACAUGUGGUCCAUUGGCUGCACCUUAUAUGAGCUGUACACGGGCAAGAUUCUAUUUACGGGCGACAGCAACAACCAGAUGUUGAAGACCAUCAUGGAGAUUCGCGGCAAACUGAACGCCAAGUUGUACCGCCGUGGUGACUUAUGGGGCAUGCACUGGGACGACAUGGGCAACUUCCUCAGUGUUGAGCGGGACAAGGUCCUUGGAAAGACCACGGUCAAGACCCUGGCCACCGUUAAGCCGACCCGCGAUCUGCGGGCCCGUCUCCUGGCCGCCUCCAGCGGCAUGAGCGAUGCGGAAACCAAGGAGCUCAACCACUUUAUUGACCUCCUGGAACGCUGUUUGGCGCUCAAUCCGGACAAGAGGAUCACGCCAUUGGAGGCCCUCAAGCAUCCCUUCUUCGGCCAGGCGGUGGCGGCGACGGCAGCGGGUCCGUCGGCUUCAAGUCACUUCUCACAUGGCCACGCUCAUGCGCAUGCGCAGCGCACGGCGGGUCAUGCCAGAGCUUAGAUGGGCAUAUUUUGAGGCAGACGUGUGGCUGGCCGUGAAUGGUAUAUCGGUAUACUAUAUUAUCAAGGUAUCAUUUUUGUAUAUGACUAGGCAUAUGCUGUUAGGCAAGGCUGAGCAUAGGUAUGAUGCUUUCGUGAGCGACAAGUACGAUAGGGACUUCCAUAGAGCGGUUGUACACACACAGUGAAGUGAGGUGAGAUAAAACACAUACAAGAAGGAGGCGAACGGCGUUAAUUAAUCGCUUAACUGCAUUCAUUACUACU